AUGAAUCUGUACAGGAGUUUCGGGUGUUUGCUGGAGACCUGGGUGGCUGAGGGUUACCCAGGUGAAUGCUCAAGCUCAGCAAAGGCUUUUGAAAAAAAACUGGACCAGAAUGGCAGCGACUCAGCGUCUGCAGACUCUCUAAGGCUCACAGUAGCUGCUGUCAGGUCUGAAUCAGAGGACUCUGGAGUGGAGUUGCCAUCUGUGGUCAGCCCUUUGACCGCUCAGGAUCGUGUCCUAACUUCACAGGCUUCGCAGCUAGGAGAGAACGAUUUACGUCCCACGUCUUCUUCGCCAGCUCUUUCUCAGUGCUCAUCAUCCUCCUCAUGUUUCUCACCAAGGGAAAGUUUUAAAGUGCUUAAAGGAGGUGCAAAACCUUCAGAGACAACCGGACUGAGGGUGGAGGAGGCACUGCAGAGAACAGAGCCAGCCUGGAGAAGAAGCCUGGAUGGUAGAAUUCGACGUCGUUGUAACACGACUUCCAUAUCCAGCAGUCCUUCCACACCCUCGAUACGCUCCAGAGUUGGAAGCGUUGGUCCAGGAAGGCCUUACAUACAGCCGGCUGAUGAGCAGAGAUCGUCAGAAACUCCUAGAGUAACACACACACCACAGCAGCCUGCAAUCAAUACGAGAGAUCUUCAAGAGGCUGCAUGUGCCACUGGAUCUGACUGGGAUCAUCUGCCUCCUGGGUUUCUGUACCUGGAGCAAAUGUGCCGCAUGCUGGAGGAGAUCGCCAGGCUCCAGAGGGAGAACCAGAAGCUGCAGCGGGUGAUAAUGAACAGCCAUGACGAGACGGAAGAGACGGAGAUUAAGGCUGCCUGCACGCAGAACACACAUAUCGACUCCACAGACGGCGAGAAGCUUGACUUCAGGGACGUCGAAGCUCGACCGGGACUUUCCUCUGAGGCGUUCCGUCGAAGGAGUGUGUCCGAUACGUGGACUUUUAUCAAACAGCGAAAUAAAUCUAAAGCCCCUCAAGCUGAGCACUUCCCAUCUACAGAUAUUUUACUGGAAGAGCCUGAAACCCCACAGUCGCCGGUUGAAAUGGAGCAGCGGAAGGCGAGUAACAGCCUGAAAGUGAAGAUUAGCUCACUCAGAUGGAAUGAAAAGCCAAAAGCAGCCAAGGGCAGCAGCAGCUCACAAAAUGAGAAAAAGAGGACAUUUGGACAAUUUUUCAAAAACAGAAGGAAGACCACACGAUUCUGACCUUGACUUGAAUUGUAUUAAUAAUACAAUUAUACGGACACGAUGCGAUGUGGAAAUUCUUCACACCUUCCAUCAACCUGCCAUUUGUAUACGGAUAUUUAUAUAUACGAAACUCAAAUGAUCAAAGAUUCAUGUCACCUAAAUCUAGCAUUACAUCUGGUAUACGCCUCCUUUUCAUUUUCAUCAGGCUAUAUAUUAUAUGUGACUGUGAUUUUUUUUUUGUAGCUAAGGCAAAGUAAUUCUUCAGAUCUCUGUGGAAAAAAACACAACACAUUGCAAGGUAGAAGUGCAAAACCAUGAAACCCUGAUGGAUGGAGGUUAUGAGCAUAUUUAUGACAUUUCCAGCUAAUGCUACCUUCACUAUAAUUUCAUUUAAGUCAAGAAAUCCAGGCCUGGAUGUUAAACGUGUGAAUGGGUGUUAAAGAGUUAAUGCACAUCCAAAAUGUGAUUCAGGAUAGAGUUCAGAGGUUUUUAGGUAAGGUGCAGAGCCUGAGUGUGUCGGGGAUGACUCAGGCUUGUACUUCACAUCAACCUAUUUAUUAUGUUGGCUUUGUAGAAGCCAACAUUCCGUUUUGAACCAAAUUCACAUGAACCAAAUUCGGAUAUGUUGUAGAUCCUGGUCUGAAGUUUGUUGCUAUUACUUUUCUAAGCGAUCCGCGUUCCGGUACUUCAGGUACCGGUACUCAAAGUGACUUUUUUUCCCCAUAGACUCCCAUUAUAAAUUUUGGAGGUUUAUAACUCGGCAAGCUUUCGAACUAUCCACACCAAACUCGGCCAGCUUUCGGUUGUCCCGCAGCCCCGCCCCAAAAUA